GCCGGCAAUUGACGCUAUCCGCAACACCUACCUUGUACAACUGGUCAGAAUCAAGAUUUUGUCCUGGGAAUCGAUUGACAUCAAUGAUCAUGAGAUCCAUGAGGUCAACUUAUAAAGAACCGUCUUCGCUUUGGGGAUCAGUCGCCUUGCAGUACUUAUCGACUGCAUCUAAUAGAUCGUUGCGCUCUCAAGUUCUUCAAGCGUCAUGCGGUAUUCUAGUCUCGUCCUAAGCUUGGCUGCUCUCGCCUCAGCCAAGGCGGAAGAUCCCUACUAUGCCAAUCUGACAUGGGAAGCCCCACGCACCUUGUCGAACUGGUCCAACCUGACCGUCGAGACACACACCGGAACCUUCAUUGGCAUGCUGAAUGACACCUAUCCCAAUGUUCGCCAAUUCCUUCGUGUUCCGUAUGCAGAGCCUCCCGUGGGAGACCUGCGGUGGAUGCCUCCUCAGAAGCCGAAGAGGUCCAACAAACGAAUUGAUUCCACUUUCUAUGGCCCAGCUUGUCCUCAGUACGUGACUGCACCAGCCAGUAUCUGGAACACGUACGAACCCCCAAACCUCCUGGUCAACAUUGGUGAGAAACUCGACCAAGGAUCCACGGCUUGGGCAUCAGCAGAAGAUUGUUUGUCCAUGGCAAUCUGGACACCUGCCUCAGCCAAUCGCACUUCUAAGCUUCCAGUUGCAUUAUUUGUAACGGGCGGUGGCGGCGUCACCGGAGCGAUUGAUAUUCCCUCUCAGCUACCGGCACACUGGGUCUCACGUUCGCAGGAGCACAUCGUCAUCACAAUUAACUAUCGGUCGAAUAUUUUCGGAAAUCCCAAAUCUAGAGCGUUGAAUGAGACCUCAUUGACCCUGCUAGAUGUCCGGGCUGCGGUUGAAUGGGCCUAUGAGAACAUCGAAGCUUUCGGUGGCGAUGCUGAGAAUAUCAUGCUGUGGGGUCAAUCUCAGGGCGGAAUCCUAACGCACCUGUACACUCUCGCGUUCCCGGAUGAGCCUCUCGCUGCCAAGUUCGGUGUCAUUUCGCAGGGCGCUUCGGCCACCCUCGAUCUCGCCACAGCCGGUGACGUGUACCAGGAUUUUGACAUUGUCGCUAAGGGACUCGGGUGCAAUUACGGGGACGACUAUGAAGCGGAGCUCGAGUGUAUGCGCCAGAUCUCCUGGGUGCAGAUUGAAGAAUACAUCAACCGCUAUAACGCUACUCCCUCGAUUGCUUUCACAAAUUAUAUCCCUGACGAGAGAUACAUUUUCUCGAAUGAGACCGAGCGAUACCUUCAAGGAAAGGUUGCGCCGGGCCCUUCGAUUCGAUCUGAUACAGCCCGGGAGUUCCCUGAUCAGAACAGCACAUACGUUAGCUACGAGGAAGGAAUCGCUGAUUGCCUUGCACGUUCCGACUCGGAGCUUCGGGCAUCCAUUGGUCUUGACACCUACCGCUACUACUGGGCUGGCAACUUCAGCAACAUCAGCCCUGUUCCCUGGCUCGGUGCAUUCCAUUGGACUGACCUUUUCAUGAUUUUCGGCACUUACAUGCUGGAUGUGGGUAAUAUUACCGAGCUCGAGGUCCAGACCUCCGAGACGAUGCAGGAUUUCUUUUUGGCGUACCUCAAGGAUGCAUCCACAAUCAACACCACUGUAGGCUGGACUGCCUUCAAUGGGAGUGCGCCUAAUGGCGGUGUUAUUUUGGAGUUCGGCAAGGAUGUUCCCGUGCGGAACGUGACGGGCGACUGGCUUGAUGGUGGUUGCUGGAACUCUUCGAUUCCCUUUCGGAUUGAUGGAUAGGCAGGUGGUGCGAGAUGUGUUCUGACAGGGUUCCUGUAGAAUCCUGUUGCAGUGGCUUGAGACUACACUAUUGAAGGUGGGGUGGGCUUUCAUACUCCGGAGUCGAAAAUAUUAUAGAGGCGCGAGGCGCUUAUCCCUUUUAGUCUUUAGUGAAUCUUCCCCGCCGUGUAUCUCCC